AUGACAUCGAUAGGCACGGGUUACGAUCUUCUCAACUCCAUCUUUUCACCCGAUGGCAGAAACUUCCAGGUGGAAUAUGCCUUCAAGGCUGUAGAGAAUGGCGGAACCUCAAUCGGCAUCCGAUGUAAAGACGGAGUUGUUCUGGCGGUUGAAAAGGUGGUGACAUCAAAGUUGCUGAAGGCUGGCGCGAACAAACGGAUCGCCUCCGUUGAUAGCCAUGUCGGCGUUGUUUACUCAGGAAUGGUCCCAGACGGCCGCCAUUUUGUCGACCGCGCUCGCGACGAGUCCCAGAGCUGGCGGCAAAACUUCAAAACUCCCAUCCCCACAGCCGAUCUCGCAUCCCGAAUGGGCAGCUACCUCCAGGCAUACACCAUGUACGGAUCCGUCCGGCCGUUCGGCAUCACUGCUAUUGUCGGAGGCGUCGAUACAUCAGAAGAGACUCCUGUCGACGGAGAGGUUGGUUCUGGUCCCGAUUGCGGUGCCGGUGGUAAAGUACCAGGCAAACACGGCGGGCCGUUUCUGUACAUGAUUGAGCCGAGCGGUCUGUACUGGGGCUAUUACGGCGCUGCGACUGGCAAGGGCCGCCAGGCCGCCAAGGCCGAGCUGGAAAAGCUUGACCUGCAGUCCGAGACUAUGACGCUGGAAGAAGCUGUCAAGCAAGCGGCCAGAAUCAUUUACGUCGCCCAAAAGGAUAAUAAUAACAAGGACUUUGAGUUGGAAAUGACUUGGAUCAGUGGCGUGGACGGGCCGACCAAGGGUCGUCAUGUCGAGGUCCCCCGGGAGCUGAGAGAAGAAGCCGAGAGAUUAGCAAAAGCAGAGGAUGACUCAGAGGAUGACGAUGACAAUGACAAUGACAAAAAGGACGAUGACGUGAUGGAAGAGUAG